ACAAACCCCUAAACAACCACUUCCUUUCUGUGCCACUCAGAAAGUUGUUCAUCCACAAACCCAUAAUGGAAUGCUCCGCUAUUACUUUUCUUGCUUGCUAUGUACCCUCUUUAUCUUCCCACUUCUCCAUAUUCCACUGCAAUUAAGAAUCACAAAACAUAGAGAGAGAGAGAACAAAGAAAAGGAAAGAAGAGAAAGGUUGUGAGUUGUGAGAUAUGGGGAGGGGUAAGAUUGAGAUCAAAAGGAUUGAGAACUCAAGCAACAGGCAAGUUACCUACUCAAAGAGGAAGAAUGGGAUCCUUAAGAAGGCAAAGGAAAUUAGUGUUCUAUGUGAUGCUCAAGUUUCCCUUAUCAUCUUUGGUGCUUCUGGAAAGAUGCAUGAAUACAUCAGCCCCUCCACCACGUUGAUUGACGUCCUGGACAGAUACCAAAGAGCCUCUGGGAAGACCCUCUGGGACGCUAAGCAUGAGAACCUCAGCAAUGAAAUUGAUAGACUCAAGAAAGAGAAUGACAGCAUGCAAAUUGAGCUCAGGCACUUGAAGGGGGAGGACAUUACCUCACUGAAUUACAAGGAACUGAUGGCUCUAGAGGAUGCCCUUGAAAAUGGACUCAGUGGUGUCCGCGAGAAAAAGAUGGAAGUGCACAGGAUGUUCAAGAGAAACGGCAAGAUUUUGGAGGAGCAAAAUAAGGAACUGAAUUUCCUUCUGGUAAGUGGCAACCAACAACAUUUGGCACUAGAAGGUGUGGGAAACAUGCAUGGACAGUGGAUAUGACAAGAUAUCAUAAGGGGAUUCAAUUCACAUAUAUAUGCCACGAGCAGCCAAAAAGCACAGCCAAAUCUUCAAGAAAGAAUGCAGAUUAAUGGCUGUUGUUGUCUAAUUAGUUAUGCUCAAAGUCUUAAGUUAUAUGAACUUCUAGCAUUUCUGAUUUCGCCCGUAUUUUUUAAAGCUUUGUGUAGACACUAAACCUUGUUACACGGUGAUGGAAUUUGGAUUAUGAGACGAUAUAUUAGUGUGUAUCAAUUAGAGCA